UUUGCCGCGUCCCCUGUUGCCUUUCUCUCGGCUGCUUGCUUCCAUCUUUCAAUGUUGAUGAUCGAUUAAAGCGUCUCUUUUUCUUCUUCCUUCUCCUCCUCGAUUCUCUUCUCUUGCCCUCAACCCGAGCUCCUCGAUUCCACUACCAAUUCCCAGUUUCAGGGUUUCACCCUCGAUUCCCCUUCCCCGAUCACGCACCUGAUCGCUCGAUCGGCCGCCAUGGGGAAGGGUUCCAAGUCGGUCUCGCACCAGCUUUUCAAGGACAAGGCCAGGAACCGGGUGGACGACCUCCAGGAGAUGUUCACCGACCUCCAGUCCGCCCUCAAGGAGAGCCGCGCCGCCGACGUCGCCGUCCUCGAGGAGCAGGUCCACCAGAUGCUCCGCGAGUGGAGGGCCGAACUCAAUCAGGCAUCCCCCGCGACCUCCCUGCAGGCGAACACCCCCGACACUUCGGAUCUGUUCUCGGAGACUCUUCGGCUGUUGCAGCUGAGCGAGGAGGAGGAUGACGCAACGAGCAAGCUGGCCGAUUUGGCAUUCAGGAACACUCCAAAGCCUGAACAGGUGGAGUUCCAACAAGCUGAUGUUGGAGCCACGCAAGGUAGAGAGGCUGCUACCUUCUAUCAAGAGUACCAUAUGAAUCAGGAAGUGGCUGAACAGGAAUUCCUGUAUGCUGAUCACUAUGAAAGCAACCACCCCAAUGGGGCUCAUGAUGCUGCUGUGACCUGCCUGGAAGGGCCAUAUCAUUUUGAUUAUCAGCAAUACAAUAUGCAUCAAGAACUGUCGCAUGAUCUUUAUAUCAACCCUACUGAGCAGAACACCCAAGAUGUGUUCCCCCAUAUUUCAGAUGUACUGCCAGCUAUUUGCCCUCCACCUUCUGCAUUUUUAAGGCCAAAGUGUGCUCUUUGGGAUUGUCCAAGGCCUGCUCAAGGCUCAGAAUGGUGCCAAGACUAUUGCAGCAGCUUCCAUGCCACUCUAGCAAUUAAUGAAGGCCCACCUGGUAUGACACCAGUGCUGCGCCCUGGAGGUAUCAACCUAAAGGAUGGUCCACUUUUUGCUGCUCUUAGUGCAAAAGUACAAGGAAAAAAUGUUGGUAUUCCAGUAUGUGAAGGUGCUGCAACUUCAAAGUCUCCAUGGAAUGCUCCAGAUCUAUUUGAUCUUUGUGUUCUUGAAGGCGAAUCACUUAGAGAAUGGCUUUUUUUCGACAAGCCAAGGAGAGCAUUUGAGAGUGGUAACCGGAAGCAAAGGUCACUGCCAGAUUAUAAUGGACGUGGUUGGCAUGAAUCUAGAAAGCAGGUAAUGAAGGAAUAUGGGGGUUUAAAAAGGUCCUAUUACAUGGAUCCACAACCACUCACUCACUACGAGUGGCAUCUGUAUGAAUAUGAGAUCAAUGAUUGUGAAGUGUUCGCGUUAUAUAGGCUAGAAUUCAAACUCGUCGAUUCAAAGAAAAGUGCCAAAGCCAAGUUGACCAGUAAUUCACUUGUGGAUCUGCAGCAGCAGAUGGGGAGGCUCAAAGCAGACAACAGUGUGGAUUACACAAAGAAUACCAAGAGCAGGACAAAAGCUAAUCAGAAAGACAUUGCUGGAAGCUUUUAUACAGCUUCAGGUGUGGCAGAUCAGAAGGAGAAUUCUCUUGCAUGCUUCCAGCCAGAUGGCUUUUCUAGAUGAGAAAUCUGGUUCUGGGCCCAACAUCCAAUAUACUUAUCCUAUCGCUAGCUUGAAUAACAGUUAUGGAUCAUAAGAGAAUAUAACUAACCUGAAGCUGCUGCAUCUCCAUAGUGAGUGUUCUCUCACUCCUUAUAAUAAUUUGUUUUGCCUCAAAUGUCAGUGUGCUGCCUUGCUGUUUGUUUCAACUAAUUGGUCGCAUUUGCCUGACUAAGUUUUUGGUAUUAAAUAACAUCAUAUAUAGCUAUGGUGUUGAGAACUGGAAUCUGUUAAAAAAAGAUCAUGUUGAAGCAGAGUGCUUUAUUAUUUUCAAAGCUGGAGUAUGUUACCUACUGUUCUCCAGGUUUUGGAUGUCUUUUAACAAGAAGGGCAACUAACUGGUUGGUGCACAGCUUUUCAGAAUGGUAGAUGCAAAGUUGCACCAAACAUUGUAUAUUUUUCCUGGUUUCCAUGAUAUGCUAUGUUUUCCUGAAAUUUCAAGAAAACCUAACUAGUUUUGUGGUUCUGAGGAUAUAUAUCUGGAUCCUUUUGUACUUUAGGGUCUCUAAGUCAGGAUAAAGCCUGUACAAAAUUGUUUCUGCAUUUGAAAGCUACUUUGUGUUUUAAAGGUUA